CAUUGGCAAUGGAUGAUCGAAGGUGGAAACCCAACGUUGAGGUCGCUCCCAACUGCCCUCGUUGCGCCUCUUCCAACACCAAGUUUUGUUACUACAACAACUACAGCUUGUCGCAGCCUAGGUACUUCUGCAAAGGCUGUAGGCGGUACUGGACCAAAGGUGGUUCUCUUCGGAACAUACCUGUUGGUGGUGGUUGUCGCAAGAACCGCCGUGCCAGGUCGGCUAGUCUCCCACAGACUCAACGGGCUUGUCUCACUUCUAACAUUGGCAAUUACGAGCAAUCUACCGAUUCUUGCGACUCUAAUGGGGACUCAAAGGCGGAUAUUGAUCUCGCUGUUGUUUUCGCCAGGUUCUUGAAUCAGAACCCGAGCACUGAUGAGCCGGAGUUCAGAACCGCCCCGGAAUUGCCAAAUGAUUCCUUUAACGCACUGUCCGAGUCGCCAUGUUCUUUAAUCCUCGGUGGUGGUGAGCAAAACAGCUCCGUGUUUGGCUGCCAUAGGCCCAAUAUUGGUGAGGAUGAUGAGAUAUUAGUUCAAGAAGUUUAUCCUCAAGAGGAUAAAGUUCAAGAACUCAUUGAUGAAGACGAUGCGAAUGGAUUUCAUUUGUUGCAGGCUUUGUUGGAUGAUGAAGUGGUGCAAGAAGUUUUCCGGUCAGAUGCUGCAACUUCGCCGAAUUUAACGUGGCAACUGCCUGUGGUGAAUUUGCAAGAGUUGGAGUUUUCGGUUCAGUCCAACGAUCAUCCGUCAAGGAUGAGUCUAAUAAGCGAUAGUUGGAGUUGCUCGGAUCUCUCGGGUUUCGAUGUUUUCUCAAGAAUUUGA